CGCCCCGCGCUCCCUCCCUCCGCUCCCGCGGUUGGAUCAGUCUUCUGGCAUUUCCUGCAGCCGGGCCGCGUCGCCAGCUGAGCCCCCGCGCGCCCGGCCCGGCCCGGCCCGGCCCGGCCCAGCGCGCCCCACUUCUCACGAAGCCGCCCUGUGCCCACGCCAUGAAGGAGGAGGCCUUUCUGCGACGGCGCUUCUCGCUGUGUCCGCCCUCGUCCACCCCCCAGAAGCUCAGCCGGAACCUGCUCGUGGGUGGAGAACAUGAGCUCGAUGUGGGUACAGGGAAGGACAUGGAGCCCCACGGCUCGUCACCGCCCCGGGAUGAAGGGCCACCGACCCCAGGCUCUGCCACGAAGGUGCCGCCGGCGGAAUACAGGCUGUGCAACGGGUCCGACAGGGAGUGUGUGUCCCCGACAGCCAAGGUCAGCAAGAAGGAAGCUCUCAAGGCGCAGAAGGAGACCUACCGCCAGGAGAAGAAGCGUGCCACGAGGCAGCUGCUCAGCGCCCUGACGGACCCCAGUGUGGUCAUCAUGGCCGACAGCCUCAAGAUCCGAGGGACCCUGAAGAGCUGGACCAAACUGUGGUGCGUGCUGAAGCCGGGAGUGCUGCUCAUCUACAAGACCCCCAAGGUGGGCCAGUGGGUGGGCACGGUCCUGCUGCACUGCUGUGAGCUCAUCGAGAGACCCUCCAAGAAGGACGGCUUCUGCUUCAAGCUCUUCCACCCGCUGGACCAGUCCGUCUGGGCUGUGAAGGGCCCCAAGGGCGAGAGCGUUGGUUCCAUCACCCAGCCCCUGCCCAGCAGCUACCUGAUCUUCAGGGCCGCCUCUGAGUCUGACGGCCGCUGCUGGCUGGAUGCCCUGGAGCUGGCGCUGCGGUGCUCCAGUCUCCUGAGACUCAGCGCCUGCAAGCAGGGCCGCGAUGGGGAUCCCGGGUCCUCGCCGGACGGGUCGCCCUCCUCGCUCUGCGGGCUGCCCGCCUCAGGCGCCAUCCAUGACCAGGACCUGUUCCCACUGAACGGGUCCUCCCUGGAGAACCCCCUGGAGAACGACGCUUUCUCGGACAAGUCAGAGAGGGAGAACGCCGAGGAGUCGGAUAACGAGACGCAUGACCACAGCCGGAAGACCGAGAGCGGCAGCGACCAGUCUGAGGCCCCGGCGGGCCCCGGACGCAGAGGGACCACCUAUGUGGUGCAGGACCACGAGGAGCUGGGGGAGCGGGGCGAGGCAUCGCAGGUGGAGACGGUGUCGGACGAGAACAAGAGCCUGAUGUGGGUCCUGCUGAGGCAGCUGCGGCCGGGCAUGGACCUGUCCCGCGUGGCGCUGCCCACCUUCGUGCUGGAGCCGCGCUCCUUCCUCAGCAAGCUCUCCGACUACUACUGCCACGCCGACCUGCUCUCCAGGGCUGCGCUGGAGGAGGACGCCUACAGCCGCAUGAAGCUCGUGCUGCGAUGGUACCUGUCCGGCUUCUACAAGAAGCCCAAGGGCAUCAAGAAGCCCUACAACCCCAUCCUGGGGGAGACCUUCCGCUGCUGCUGGUUCCACCCCCAGACCAACAGCCACACCUUCUACAUCGCCGAGCAGGUCUCCCACCACCCACCCGUGUCCGCCUUCCAUGUCAGCAACCGGAAGGACGGCUUCUGCAUCAGCGGCAGCAUCACCGCCAAGUCCCGGUUCUACGGGAACUCGCUGUCAGCUCUGCUGGAUGGCAAGGCCACCCUCACCUUCCUGAACCGGGCAGAGGAUUACAGCCUCACCAUGCCCUACGCCCACUGCAAAGGCAUCCUCUACGGCACGAUGACCAUGGAGCUGGGCGGCAGGGUGACCAUCGAGUGUCAGAAGAACAGCUUGCAUGCUGAGCUGGAGUUCAAGCUCAAGCCCUUCUUCGGGGGCAGCACGAGCAUCAACCAGAUCUCGGGGAAGAUCACGUCGGGCGAGGAGGUCCUGGCGCGGCUCACGGGACACUGGGACAGGGAAGUGUUCAUCAAGGAGGAGGGCAGAGGAGGCGCCGAGCUCUUCUGGAAUCCCAGUGAGGAGGUGCGCAGGCAGCGGCUGAAGCGGUACACGGUGCCGCUGGGGGAGCAGAUGGAGCUGGAGUCGGAGAGGCUCUGGCAGCACGUCACCAGGGCCAUCAGCGAGGGCGACCAGGACAAGGCCACACGGGAGAAGUUUUCCCUGGAGGAGGCGCAGCGGCAGCGGGCCCGGGAGCGUCAGCAGAGCCUGGUGCCCUGGACGCCCCAGCUCUUCCACCUGGACCCUGCCACCCAGGAGUGGUGCUACCGAUAUGAGAAUCACAGCCCCUGGGACCCCCUGAAGGACAUCGCCCAGUUUGAGCAAGACGGGGUCCUGCACACCCUGCAGCGGGGGACCAUGGCCAGCCAGACCGCCGUCCUGGGCAGCCCGGGGCCCGGGCUCCAGGGGUCCGCUCCCAACCCGCGGCUCCGCAAGCCCAGCGACCAGCCCUCGGGCCACAGCCAGGUUACGGAGAGCAGCGGCUCCACGCCCGAGUCCUGCCCCGAGCUCUCUGACGAGGAGGAGGAGGAGGAGGACGGCGACUUCGUUCCGGGUGAGACCUGUGGCCGGCCCCUCUGGACCCGUGAAGCCGGGCUGCGAGAGCCCGUGCCCUCGGUGUGGGAAGGAGGCGCGGCGGCUGCAGGCGCUGCACGAGGCGAUCCUGUCCAUCCGGGAGGCCCAGGAGGAGCUGCACAGGCACCUCUCGGCCAUGCUGAGCUCCACGGCCCGUGCCAGGCAGGCCCCGGCCCCAGGCCCCCUGCACAGCCCUCGCUGUUGGUUCCUGCUCUGCGUGUUCCUGGCGUGUCAGCUGCUCAUUAACUACAUCCUCAAAUAAGAGCCCUGUGGGGACGGCGUGGGCAUCGUCUGCAGGACUGGGGGGCAGUGGGGAGCUGAGCCUCCCUCUCAGGCACCUAGCACUUUAAGCCAGCCCCGUGGAGGCAGAGACUCUGUGAGCGCAGCCCCCAUGGACGGAGGGACCCACGGCCGCAGGACAGCAGGAGGGACCUGGGCAGGGGGUGCCACACGGGAUACCCCUGGCAAGGCACUGGCCUUUCCCACAGGGCCCUCCGCCUCGCGCUGGCCUUAACGCUGAAGCCAAAUGCCACUUUCACCCUGGGCCGCGCUCCCUGGCAGCCUUGCCUCAUCACCCCCCUCCCCGGGCAGCCUCGGGGGGGCUGAUAGCGGAGGGGCUGAUGGUGGAGGGGCAGGAGGGCCUGCGGGGCUCCAGGUGCUGCCCCUCAGCAGGGGUGAGUGGGGGGCUCUGAGGAGCAAGCCGGCACGCCAGGUCCUCUUAGGGGCCCAACACACAGAGCAUCGCUUCCCGAGGCCCCGCCCACACUGUCCUGGACGGGCUCCAGGGGGGCUCCGGGCGCCGGCUGGGCUGCGAUGGGGCUUCUUUCCAACCCCUGUGCUAUCUGCACGGUGGGGCCCUGUUCAUACACUUCACAGGCCCAGCCCACCUCCCUCAGCCCGGACAUGCCAAGCUGGGGCGGGCACAGGUGAGCGUGGCGUGCCUGGGGGGCAUCCCCGGCCUGGGCCCGAGGAGGGACACUUUGUUCAGACGGAUGCACGGUCUUCCCUUCCCACACAUUUUUAAUAAACGCAAUUGCAAUAUUUUAGGCAGGCUGCGAA